GCAAGUGGAGGGCGGCAGUCGAGUGGCGACCGCGAUCCGUGGCAGACAUUCGCGGCAUUCGAUGGACUCUAAAGUUCAUUCGACAUUUUUCUUUCGAACAUCGAAGGAAUCUCGCCGGACUGGUUCCCGCGCAAUGCUAGUGCGCCGCUCUGGUGAACCCUUUCGCUUGUAAAUGUGCCGAUAUUUACAUAUGCUCGCUCAAUCUCGCGUCGAACUUUCGAUCUGCGCCCGUGAUUUAACUGGUGUGCUUCGUGAUCCGGCUGAGCGGGACCGAGACGUGUCCUUACCGUCGCCGCUGCCCCAGCGCGCUCAACUCCUGCACAACGUGCGAUGAUCCACGUGGGUCGAGGAGAAUUAUGCGUGGGGCGUGCGCAUGCGCGGUGGUGUGCGCGUUGGUGGCGUUGUGCGCGGGCACCGGGCUGGAGGAGGCGACCCGCGCCGCCGCCGAGAAGCAGCUGCUGGCGCUGCUGGGGCUGCCGCGCCGGCCCGCGCCCCGCGAGCCCCGCGCGCCCGCGCCCCGCCUGCCGCGCGCCAUGCGCCUGCUGUACGACACGCGCGCGCCGCUACCCGCCGCCGCCAACACCGCGCGCUCCUUCUACCACACGCCCACCGUGCUCGACCAGCGCUUCCCGCACCAGCACCGCUUCCGGCUGUUCUUCAACAUAACCGUCCCCGAAGACGAGGUCGCCCGCAGCGCCGACAUCAUCUUCCAGCGAACCGUCGGCGCCACGGGCGGCCAACGCCUCCUGUUGUACGAUGUCGUCCGACCCGGACGGAAAGGGAAGAGUGAACCCAUUCUAAGACUGCUCGACUCGGUGCCUCUGAGGCCCGGUGAGGGGACGGUGACGGCGGACGCCCUGAGUGCGGCGCGGCGGUGGCUCAAGGAGCCGCAACAUAACCAUGGACUAUUAGUGAAGUUAGUUGAAGAAGACAAUUUGAGUAGUAAAGUGCAAUUUCCUCAUAUAAGAGUGCGUCGACGAGCGACGGACGAGGAGGACGAGUGGAGUGCGGUGCAGCCUCUUCUGAUGCUGUACACUGAGGACUCCCGGGCGAGGGUGGCCCGAGAGAGCGGCGAGUCGCGGCUCACGAGGAACAAGCGAGGGGCGCAGCGCCGCGGGCACAGGCCCCACCACAGACGCAAGGAGGCCAGAGAGAUUUGCCAGCGCAGACCGCUGUUCGUCGACUUCGCCGACGUGGGCUGGAGUGACUGGAUCGUGGCCCCGCACGGCUACGACGCCUACUACUGCCAAGGGGACUGCCCUUUCCCCCUCUCGGACCACCUGAACGGCACCAAUCACGCCAUUGUACAGACUCUAGUGAACUCAGUGAACCCGGCAGCGGUGCCCAAAGCGUGUUGCGUCCCAACACAGUUGUCUUCCAUUUCCAUGUUGUACAUGGAUGAAGUGAACAAUGUGGUGCUUAAAAACUAUCAGGACAUGAUGGUGGUAGGGUGUGGCUGCCGAUGACAAAGGCUUGCCCAGUGCGGACCUAGUGAUAGACCGUGGACCCAGUGUACAUAUAGCAGCGGCCUCGAAUUGUAAAUAAUAUAUUAUUUGUAUAUGUACAUAGUCGUGUAAUUAUUAUUUUAUUGAAACAUGAUGAUAUAAUAAAAGAUAAACCUAU